UGCGGAUUCGAGGGGUAAAAGAGCGAGAGAGGGAAGGAGCCGCAAUGCCUGUUGCUUGGAAGGGGACGGCGGCGGAUUUCCUCGCCCGCGGAGGCGGCGGAGGAGGCGGAGGCUGGGGGAGGCGAGUGGCGGCGAAAGAUAGUGUCCCUUGAGCUGCCAUCUUCGAAACUCCCUGAGGGGCAGAAGAAAGUACAAGAAGCAACCGAUGACGGAGUGGAUGCCCUGUUUUCCAGAUGCCCCGACAUGCCUUUUCUGGACUGGUUCCUCUACCAUUCAGUUGCCAUGUGGUUGCUCCUCCACAGUUUUGUUCUGAUGGCCUUUUGCUUCCACUCGGCCACCACCUUUCCCAAGGGCUGCUAUCCCUCCACUGAAGAUGGCUUCAAAACGUUUCGUUGCAGCAGAGCUCAACUUACAGUUAUCCCGAAAGAUAUUCCUAAUGAUACCAACAAAUUGUACCUGGAUUACAACCAGAUUUCUUUCUUGCCCAAUGACGCCUUUCAGAAUUUGCCUCUGCUAGUGGAACUAGACUUGUCGCACAAUGUCAUCAGUCGUGUGGAGGUUGGAGCCUUCCGGGGCUUGUCAGAACAUCUGCAUUCUUUGGACCUUUCUUCCAACAAAUUAGUAUCGGUCAACAAGGAUGUCUUUAACUCUCUCAAAGCCAAAGCCAACCUAUCCAGCAAUCCUUGGCUCUGUGACUGCACACUCCAACAACUCAUUGAGAGGGUCGAGCUGGUUGCUGGCACCUCUGAUGGUAUUGUGUGUGAUGCCUCUGCCCGAAAAGAGCACAUUGGCAAGCCUUUCUUACAACUAGUUGGAGACAUAGACUUCUGCAACAUCUACAAAAAGACCACAGACAUCGCCAUGCUGGUCACCAUGUUCGGCUGGUUCGCCAUGGUGAUCUCAUACUUGAUCUAUUACGUCAGGCAGAACCAAGAAGAUGCCCGACGGCACCUAGAAUAUCUCAAAUCUUUGCCUAGCAAGCAGAAGAAGUCAGAAGAGUCGUCUACAAUUAGCACUGUGGUGUGACCAAAAACAAAACACGAACUCUCCCACCUCAUUCUUAGAAAACCAUAGGUCUGCUGGAGUAGAUGGAUCCAUUCCACAUCUACUUCAACUGGAUCAUGGCUGCCAGAUGCUGGAAUACACAAUGGCUGAAAAGACUGUUAUUAAACAAGCAAGCAAACAAGCAAAGACUUCGGGAGGGCCUUGUUCAUCUGAAAGCCCCCGCUUCACCUUUGUUUCUAAGCAGCAAACAUCAAAAACCAUGUUAGAGUCACAGCCAUGGUUGAAUUCCUUGGCACACUACAGAGUAGGAGGUAAUGCCAGGUUGAAUUCAACAUUUCACAUCCCUACAGUGUGAACUUCACACAGGCACUGCACACUCCUCUUUCUCUCAAUAUUAAUUGUUGUAAAUCUAAGGAUCUAGGAUGUAUUUUUAUUAUACAGUGCUCCGGUGAUAAAACAGAUUGAGAGCAAGAGGAUUCUGCUGUGUUCUGCUGCCCCAAGAAGAGAUUUACAGAAAACCAGGCUUAGGGAAACACCAAGAAAGGUAGCCAGACAGGUCCUACAUAUGUUUACCCAGAUGUCAGUCCCACUGUGAGUUGUAGGGGUUGCUCCUAAGUAAGUGUAGAUAGGAUUGCAGUUUCAAGGCCUGGGGUACAGAAACUCCGAGCAGCUGCAAUCUAGAGUAAUUACUAAGUGCUGGGAGGCUUCUGAGCUUGUUAUUAAUGUGCAAGAUUAGAGGAGAUGAAACAAAUUACUCUGUCCCAUUAAUACUGGAUGUUCUCUUUGAACACAAAUUAACAGCACCACCAGUUCCCCCUCAGACACUUCAUAUUAGAAAUGCUUUUUUAAAAAAAUACUUUUCUUUUUUGCAGGAAUCAUUAAGUGCAAGGUGAAGGGAAGUGUCUGUGUUUUGAACUUUUCAGCCAUUUUCUCACAGUUCUUAUUGCUGCUGGAGGUGGCUGCUGGGAGAUGGACAAUCUUAGUUAGUUAAAAGUGAUGUAGAAAAACAAAUCAUACCCAUGCCAGCUUUCAAGGAAUGCAAAGAAAACACGUACAAAUGUCCUUGAUCCAGAGAAUAGCAGGAGCAACAGAAGGCUAUGGCUCAAGUGUGGGUGCCUACAAACAGAUACAACUUAGCUCUCAAGCUGAUUUAUGAAGGUCCCUUAGGUAUGGGAGGGCAACCUGCAACUGCUAUGUGGCCUUCAGAUUGUUCUCAUGUACCUCCUUGGCCUUAUUUCAGAAGCUCUUUUCAUAUGGUUAGUUAGACCUCUGAUAGAUAUGUGAAACUCUCUCUGUCUUGAUACUCCUGAGUUAGUUUCUCACCUGUGUUUUCAUCUUGUCCUUGAGUGAUUUCAGGGUUUGUUUUUCUUUUGUUCCCAUGCUGAAAUUUGCACAUUAUUUCAUGUUUUUUUUCCCAUGUUUGCAUCAUUUACUUAAUUUGUGCACAUUUUCCCAUUGGCUAAAGUGUGAUUCUUUAUACUUUAAAACAAUUUAAUUCAUCUCUGUUUUUAAAAAAAUCAGUAUCGUUUUGUGGACACGGUGUUUCUUGGCAACACAUUUGAAGGCUUACAUAUAUUGUAAGCCUUACGAAUGUACCAGUUUGUGGAUCCUUUAGGUGAAGUGCACAUAUCCCCACAAUAGGUCUUAGGAAGUGCAGAAAUCUUAUUUUCACUGAGAUUGUUGGGUUGAAUCAAAACUCUUCUCAGUCCUUGACUUUGCCAGAAAAUAUGACCAUUCACCUUCAGACCUAUAGGUGCAGUGAGAGGAAGGAAAAUGGUGUCAAGAAGAGAAGAAGAAAGAUCAGGGCAGGGAUUGAGGCUGGGAAGGAAACAGAAGGUGGAAGAUAAAAGGGCGAAAGUGCGACCUUGCUUUCUUCUAGCACUUCAACAAUUUCAAGUUUUAGCCUCCCCAAUGGUUUCUAUGUCAAUGCUUUGGUGAAUUCAUUUUAGAUUUAAUAAGGAGCUGUGCAAGAUGUUAGAAGCCAUUGACUCUCCCAGCCCUGACUCCUGUCAAUAUGUGACUCCUGAGAGAAGAUUCCCAAAGGAACAUCAUGUUGAUAUAGGAAAGGUUGCCCUCCAUGCUCUAAGAUGCAGCACAUGAUCAUUGGGCAUGGAUUAGUGAACUGCUUGUGUGAGCAUCCCCUUGAUGCCAAUCAGCAACCCUUUCUGGAUCUGCCAAGGCAGGCUAACAUAGAAACCAGUUUUCUACUAAGGAUAUAGGAAUGUGGAGUAUCUUCACAAUUUUUGGUUUAUAGAUCAGAAAAGUGAGUUUCAUAUCAGUGGAGGAAUGCUGUUGUAAUCCAGUGAGUUCUCCUGGGAUUCAAGCGUUCCAAAAUGUUGGAGAGGAGUACUCAGAAAACACAUCAUCUUUGCAAAAAUCCAUGUGUUUUUCUCUGUAAUAAUUCCUCUGCAACACUUUGGGAUGUUCACACACAGUAGGGCAGACAAUUGUGAGUGGUUAAGAGUCUGCAUUUGCUCCCUAAAAGACCAUGAAGGACAAUUACCCUCACAAUAAAUAAAACAAAAUAAAUUGCCCUCAAAAAUGCUAUUCAGGGUGUGGAAGAAAUGUGCCAAGUUUGUAGACAUUUAGAUAAUUUCAGACCCUGGAAAGGCCUUUCUUUGUUUAGGGACUUUCCAGAAAGUAUUUGGUUCUUAUAGUAUGGUUCCUGUUAAAAGAAGGACUUUUGUGGCUCCAAAAUAUGGCAAAAAUGCUACCUAGAAGGCAAUUUUAGCCAUGAGAUCCUGCAUACAGUCCAUGGUCUCCAAUUUGUCCAUCCCUGAAAUAUGAAGAAAAUGGUGCAGAGAAAUAUUUGUUUUCUCCCCACAAGAAUUAUAUGGUCUUGCAUGCGAGGAGGAUAUAGUGAAGGAUUUAUAUCUUCACUGUAGAUUGCUUUCACUGGAUCGAGGUAAUUGUGGUUACCUGUUUUCUCUCAUUAAAAGUGGUUGUAUCACUACACUAGUAAUUUAGGAUUCUCCAAAUCUCCAUGAUUCCACACAGCUUUUGCCAUUUUGAUAAAAUAGCUAUUUAAAAAAACACAAAAAGGAAUAGUUUUUAACUGGAAAGCAUCAAACUGUAGCUGAAAAAUAUUUAUAUGGGCACUUAUAGACGAAAUGUCACACUACUGAAAGAAAUGUAUAGCAUCUAUCAAGAUUUUUUUCCCUAUGGGGAACACUACAACUUUCUUUUGCUAUUUUUUUUGGACUUUGAAAAUCAAACGAGCAAACAGCUGACCACAUCAUGGCAAUGGUUUUCAAAAUGGAUCAAUUUUUUAUACAUGCUGUAGCAAUAGCUGGAUAUCCAUUUUGCUGGAAUGUUUCACUUCUACCCAUCACAGUUAUCAGAUGAAAUGCAUAUGGAUUUAUGGAUCAAUAGUAUAAAUACUUGGAUAAGUAGUAAAACAUGAGAUUAUAGAAGACACAUCAACAUGUAAGGUAUAGAAUAGAAUAAUGGGAUUAUGUUCUUGGGAAUUUUGUGUUUCAAUAACGAAACCAGUUUUAGUUUGAGAGCCAAACUUGAAAAAGAACUGAUUCAGGUUCCAAAGGUGUAUUGUUUUCUUUCCAUCUGUCAGAACCAGAAAUACAAACCUGCGAAACAAAGCUGGGGGUGAGGUGGAGCAGUUCACAUGAGGAUUUUUGUGUUUUCUUCUGUCAUAGAAGUGGUCUAUCUUUUGUGAACAGGGUAUAAUGCCUGAGCAGUUAAAUUUGAUUAUAUUGACGUACAGCCUAGGUCUUCCCUCAGGGUGGAUUGGACCUGAAUGACCAUCUCACCCACCUAAACAGUCCUAGCAGGCUGUGGUGUCUGGGGACCAUGGGAGUUAUAAUCCAAUGUAUCUCAGAGGAUGUGAGGUUGGGAGAGGCUGUAUUAUGUAUUGUUCAAUCACUCCAAUAUGCAGGAACUUGAGUUCUAUGUUGAAUGUGGCUUGAAAUCAGAGCUUGGGAAACAGCAGUGCUAAUGUUGACUCAUUAGCAUUAAAUUGUUAAAGAGAAAUUUUUAUGUCAAAACAGUAAGAGAAAUUUAUACGAUUGGUUUGUUAAUUUAAUCCAUUAAGUCAGUGUGGUCCAACCCACAGACCGCAUGCGGCCCACCAAUUCAUUUUGUUGGUCCUUGCCCUUCUUAUUGGAAAAAUAUUUUAAUUUAACAUUUGGAAAAAAAUAAUUUACCCUUCUUACUGCUUUAAGUUUUUAAGAAGUGUUUUCUUUCUGGAAUGUCUCUGGCCCUCACAUUCCUAUACUAAAGUUUGAUUGGCCCUCGGGUAACUAAAAGUUGGACCACAUUGCAUUAAGUAAUUAAAGUCAAUAAAUCAUUUAGAAAUCACUACAAAUGGCCAAAAAUGACCAGUUCCAUCCAAAAUUACCUUAAAACCCCCCAAGAAAUGUUAUUUCUUUAUUUUAAACAAAAAAUUCAACAAAAAGAACAUUAUUAACAUUUGGUCUAAUAUAACAAAAUCUUAAACUGUCAUUGGAAAAUCAGUGAAACAGGGUUAGCCAAUUCAUUUUUAAUCAAUUAUUCCUAAACUCUGGUUGAAAUGUAGCCUGUAACUGUUUUGCUGAUAUUUUGACAUCGACCUGUUCCUUCUACCUGUUCCAUCAACAUAAGUCAGAAAUUGUCAGAUCAUCAAUUUUGAUGCUCUCCAUGAUCUCCAAAGAUCUGAAACAUACCUUACAGGUAGCGGGAUUUGCCAUGAUUGAGAUCCACCAGCUUCCAGUUCACAUACUGUGCUGUUCACCUGAGUCGACUGUUCUUGUGAGUGAAGAAAGAAUCAAGAGAAAAUGCCUACAAUGGUCCUAGCUGAUUUAGAGGGCCAACGGAAAGCAUCACCCAAUCUGAUGUUUCCUGCUGGCCAACUUUGCAUCACCUUUAUACACCAAUGUGCCACAUCAAAGGGUUGCUUUGUCAGGACUUUCCCGACUACUGGAAGAAGCAAAUAUGGAGGAUCUUAGGGAAGUAUGUUGGGCUUGUGCAGAUAUUUCUACUCACUCCAGACCUUGAGGGUGUUAACAUUGGAACUGUGGGCAAAGGUUCAUCUAUGGCACACCACCCAAGACUGCAGAUGUAACCAGGAUGUCCACCUGUAUUCCUCAUGUGCCUACCCAGUUCCUACUAGGGGAACAGCACCCUACCAGGUUUCUAGGUCAUGAUACUCUGCUCUGGCCCAAGAGGGUUGAGAGAUAGAGAUUGCACCCGCCUGCCAUACUUUCAAGUGCCCUUUGUUGAGAGACCUUCUCCUCCAGAGCUUUAAAGCCUGGUGUUUCAGGGCAGGGCUUUGUGUGGGUGGACAUUUUUGCACGUCCUACCUACUUUGUAGCAAAUUUCUCCCCUUGUUCUUCAAGAGGUUCCUUCAUUCUGUCUCCUUACCAAUAAAAGCCGAAAACGCCUUCCUUUGAAGAAAGAGAAUGCACCGCAACAGCCUACCAUCAAUCUAAAGGGAAAUUGGUCACCAUCUGUUUCAUUUGAGGAGCUCGAAGUCAACUGACCUUCCACUGUGACCGCAUAUCAAGGGAACACAGGAUGAGAAGAAGAAAAAAAAUACCCUAAUGUAUAUGCUCUCUUUCUCUGUUGAUAAGCAGCCUUAUGCCUUGAGCUCUUCAAACUCAGUACCUCUUCUCUACAUUCCCAGUAUGCAGUACGACUCUUCCAUCACAGCGCUGGCAGCUCCUGAGGGCUGCAUGCAGAGAAAAUAUUGAGAAACCAAAAUGGUCACUGAAAACUAUACACACGCACAAAUGGAAAAUAAAAAGUUAAAAAAAAGAGUACCCUGGUAAUUAAUAAAAUCUUUCCUAAUUUUUUUCAAUGUUAUUUAAAAAUUUUCCCAUGAAAAGACAAAUAAACAAAAUUUACACAGGC